AUGUCCACAUCAACAUCAACAUCCACACGCUCGAACCUCGGCCCCCUUACAACCCCAUUUAUCUACCCCUCUUCCUGCGCAAUAGCAGUCCUAGACUGCCAAACCUGCUUAACAGCCUGGCAGGCCCAGGCAUGCAGCACAAACGACAUCAAUAGCCAGGGAGUUCAAGAUAACCCCGCCUGCUGGCCCCCACAAACGAACGACAAGUACCUCACCGAAAGAGCGUUUAAUGGCGGGGGAUUCUAUUCACCGGCUCUCUCCUGCCCAACAGGAUACUCCGCUGCUUGUUCUGCCACAUAUGGGGGGGUAACGGAGUACUUUUUCCAGUUUCCGUUGGCCUCAUCUGAGAUUGCGGUUGGAUGUUGUCCUAGUGGUUUUGCUUGUGGAUAUACCUGGGAUGGCACUGAAAAUGCCCAGACGUGUUAUUCUGACUAUUCGACUGGUUCGUUCCCGGCUGUACAUUGCUCUUCGGGGACGAGUGACGGGUUUUCUUAUUUGACUGUUCCCUUGACGGCUUUUGCCUCUGCUUCUGGCUCUGCAUCCGCGUCCACUGUGACGAUUGACAGUAUAAGAGUUAAUGCUCCGCUGUUUCAAUUGGUGUACCAGACGACUGAUUUACCGGUUUCAUCUACAUCGACUUCGGGUUCAACUACGAUCGGGGAAGGUACAAGUACAGCAUCGCCUAAUACUACUUUGGUAUCAGACUCCUCUCUGUCUACUGGGGCGAAGGCUGGAAUUGGCGUCGGUGCGGGCGUUGGAGGGUUGGUUUUCAUUGGAGUCAUUGCGUUAAUAUUGCUUCAGAGGCGAAGAAGACGAGAUAGCUCUGCCUUGCAGGGGUUCGGUCAGCGACAUACGCAAUCGGCUGGGAAUCGGCGGGUGGAGCUGCCUGGAGAUCGUUCGGAUAAAAUAGAGCUCUUUGGAACUUCCCCUGCCUCCGAGGUCGAGGGGUCAAGUGUCGUAGCUGAGUUGCAUUGA